AUGUGUUCUGUGGAGUUUCGAUUAUACUCAUUUGCACCAGGUUCUUCUGCACAUUCAUUAAUGCGUAACGGCAUCGGUUUAUUAAUUUCAUCAAGAGUGGAGGUUUUCCGAAGCUUUUCCUUUGCGCGAAUGCGUAACUCCAAGCCGUUUUCCGGAGACGAUAUUAAUUUAUUGAUAUUUCAAAAGAGAUUGGGAUUUACCCAGAUUAAGACAGCGUGGCAAGAAAACCUUAUGAUCCUGUUCAUGAGAGAUUUUAUGAGAGAUUAUACCAAAAGGUGGAUUCAUGGUCAUGGUUGUGUUCAUGUUCAUGUUUAUGUUCAUGGGUUAUUGACUGGAGUUAACCGGUUCCUUACUACAUAG